AAUGUCUACUGUCUACUACUUUUUCACAAUAUGGCGCCGCUCAGAGCAUGCUAGGCUUCGCCAACCAUGUGUUUUAACUGAGGUUAAAGAACACGUGUUUCGUGUGUUUACUCUCGAAGUAGUGGAUGGAAUAAACUUGUUAGAGUGAAUUGGUACAAUUUUCGAUAGUCAAGAUGGGAAAGAUGAAGAAAAAGUAUGAGUCCGGAGAAGGAGCUCGUUACAUCACAAGAAAUCGAGCAUUAAAAUAUCUUCAACUAACUUUAAAAGAUUUCAGAAGGCUCUGCAUUUUGAAAGGAAUUUAUCCCAGAGAACCCAAAAAUAGAAAGAGGGCUCAAAAGGGAGACACAAGUAUUAGAACAUUGUAUUACAAAAAAGACAUACAGUUUCUGUCACACGAACCAAAUAUUUGGAAGUUGCGUGAAUUAAAGGUUAUAUACAAAAAAAUGUGUAGAGCAAAAUCUCUUAAAGAAAAGGAUGAUGUAGCAAAAUACAGAGAUCGAAUACCACUCCUGAAGUUGGAUCAUAUAGUGAAAGAAAGAUAUCCUACAUUUAUUGAUGCAUUGAGGGAUUUGGAUGAUUGUUUGACAUUACUCUUUUUGUUUGCUGCAUUUCCAAAGACAGGAAAAGUUCCAGAGAAAUACGUUACUUUCAGUAGACGUUUGACAGUUGAGUUCAUGCACUAUGUCAUUGCAGCAAAGGCACUACGGAAAGUGUUCAUAUCUAUUAAAGGAUAUUACUUUCAAGCAGAAAUAAAAGGACAGAGUGUGACAUGGAUUGUUCCUCAUCAAUUUGUGAUUGAUAGGGGUCAUUAUAUGGAUGUAGAUUUUCAAGUUAUGUUGAAUUUUGUUGACUUCUACCAAGUUUUGCUUGGAUUUGUGAAUUUCAGAUUGUAUCAUUCAUUAAAUAUGACUUAUCCUCCCACAUUUCCUGGAUACUCAGCUGUUGAUUCAGAGAAAAACAUAGUGGAUGAGGAGGUGUAUGCUUCUGAACGUAUUGCUUCCUUGAAUGUAGAUCUGGCACGGGUGGGGGGAUCUGUGGGUGAAGAUGAGGACGAAGGAAUAGAUGAAUUUCCAAUGAUUGAAGAUCAAGAGCAGUUGGAGGAGUUAAAGAAAAAAGCUGAGAAGGUGAAGACACAAAAAAGACUCUUCAAAGGAUUAAAAAUUUUCAUCAAUCGAGAAGUUCCCAGGGAACCGUUAGUGUUUGUCAUUCGAUGUUUAGGUGGGCAAGUGUCUUGGUCUAAAACAACGUUCAUAGGUGCUACUUUUGAUGAAAGUGAUGAAACAAUCACUCAUCAAAUUGUGGAUAGACCAAUGGUUGACAAGCAGUAUAUUUCAAGGUACUAUGUGCAGCCUCAAUGGGUAUUUGAUUCAGUUAAUGCAUGUGAGCUGCUGCCUGUGGAGAAGUACUUCAUAGGGGCUGUGUUGCCUCCUCACCUGUCUCCAUUCCAAUCAGAGCACAAAUUGGACCAAUACAUGCCACCGGAAGAACUUGCACUUCAGGAUCCUGAAAUUGCCAAGCAGUUAGAUGAAGUAUCUGGUGAUGAAAGUUCUGAGCCUGGUGAAGAUGAUAUUGAAGGUGGUAGUUGUGAUGAAGAUGAUGGGGAGGUGGAGUCUGAUCAGGAAAGUGAUGAGAAAAUGAAACAGAAUGUGGAGGAUGUUGAAGAAGGAAUGGAUGAACUGGAGAAAGAAAGGCAGAGAAAGAAAAACAUGAUGAGUGUAAAAGCUGGUAAAGUAGUCCCUGCAGAUCCGUAUGCGAGCAAGAAACAGGAAAGAGAAGAUUAUAAAUUACGUGUUACCAUGAUCAGAAAUAAACAUCGAAAAUUGUAUCACAGUAUGGUUAAAGGACAAAAGAAACGGAAGACCGAAGCAUGGUUACUUCGCAAAAAACGUACAAGAUACGAGGAAGAACAGAGUCAGAAACGCAAGGAGCAAAGGAGAGAGCAGAUACUUGCACAAGCAGAGGCUUCAUAAGACUGUACAGGUAUUAGAAAUACAGUGUAAAGUAAUAUAUUUUUAAUUUGAUUGUCGUAAAUAUAAAUCAUUGUAUUUGUAGCAAAUAGUUUCUUCUUUUAAGAGAUUAUACAGAUUAUUUCUUUGAAUUUGCCUUUCAUUAAUUCUUUCCAAGGGAAGGUCAAUAUAAAUAUAUUUGCAAUGAUUUUAAGAAAGACCUCUUUCUAAACAAUGUUUGCAGCUGAGAAUUACUCAAAUGUUACUGUGCAAGUGUAAAUGUUUGUUGACUGCUGGAACAAUUUUGAUAUGCCAUGUGUCUUUUGUUAAACCCUGCUAUUUUUAAUUGGUGUGUCAUAGUCUAAUUUGCAGUGGUGUAAAAAUCUGUAAAUUGCUAAUAAAAACUUGGAAAAAUCAUUUUAUUAUGUAUUAAUUAUAUAUUUUGUAUAAUAUACUUUGAAAAUGUAGAGAGAUGUUAAGAAAUUUUAUAACCCUUUGGUAUGAUUGUGUAAUAAAAGGUACAGAAUUCAGCGAGUUCAUUCAGGAUUUUAAUUGAAAGGGAAGAGAUUUUCUAUCAAUUGUUUUUCUUGGUCUCUCAACAAACAAAACUAUUGUUUUGUACAGUAGCGUAAUCAUAGACGAUUAAUUAUAAAUAUUAUAACAAUAACUUUCAACCCUGCCAUUUUAAUGGCGAGUCCCUGUGAACUAGUUGCGUUAUUUUAAACAUAGGAUAAUAAAAUGCGUACAGAAAACUUAGACACGUUUUUUUAAUGAUGCUCUUACUUUUUCUCUAAAUAGUAUAUUAAAAAAUUUUAAAUUGGCUUAUUUUCUUUAAAAAAAUUUUCAACUUCCUAAUAUGGAACUUUUUGAGAAAUAAUUAUACUCUAUUGCAGACACUAUGUAGAAGUGGUUUCCUAUUACAGUGAAAGAAAACCACCUAUAACA